AUGCUCAGCAAAGCAGAGGAAGCCUUGACCAAGCUGGUGUCGAGACAUCAGGGGGAUAUCAAAGUGCGACACAGGGACAAAGCGCUCCGUGCUCUAGACCUUGCAGGAAGCCCACCGCUGCUAUUUGGCUCCGCAAUUCUUUUUCUGCUGAUUGCUUGGGACGUCUUCGGGGGCACAUCAAAGUUUCCCAUUCAGAGCUAUUACCUUUUGCCACACUACAUCGACUGGCCUGUGCACGCGUGGGUGAAGAGGCCUCUGACAAGCUGCAGGAUACGACCCUCGGAUGUUAAGAGCUCGUUCGCGUUCCCGUCUGGUCACACAACAUUCUCAGUCUUCGUCAUUGGCGCUCUGUUGUAUGUCAUUCUGCCGCUGUGUGUCGCUGGUCCGGAGGGUGAUACGGAGGGGGGCGACUUGAAUGCAAGGGAGGGCCGUUUGCUGGAUGCACUCGUGAGCACUGUACAGGUCAGUGCGCUGCCAAUCUGGAUCCUGGGCGGCCUAGUCACAGCUUCAGGCCGCAUCCUGGCAGAUGUUCACUGGGUGUCGGACACGAUGGGCGGCGCAUGCCUGGGCGUUUUCAUGGUUUCCGCUGCAGCUUAUGUCUGCAAGGCAGUGCGUGCUUGA